AUGUCUUCUACAUUGGAGACCCUCAAUCUCUCCCACAUCCCUCUGCCUGUCCAUGUGGCUCUGUACCGUGAUGUGCAAAAUGCGCCGUUCCUUCGACAGCAGCUCAUAUCUGGCAAUGCGGAUUUUGAAUAUGCAUUCAUUGACGCUAGUAUGAUCGCCGAUUCCUUCCGCAGAUUCGGAAUCUCCGAUUCUACUAAAGACCUACUGGUCGUCAAGGUCUCUGUGACUCCAGAUGUCACCCAUGAAUCUGUAGCAGCGCAUUUGGCUCAGUCGGUUGAAGGAACUCCUGUCCCGUUCGAUGAUGAGACUUUAUCGGGGAUCUCUGAUAUUGCGAAAAUCAAGAAAGCCUACAAGCUAGGAGCGUUGAGUUCCGCUCCUUCUGACAAGGCCGAUGGCACCAAUGGUGAAGAUAGGAGGCUGGAGCUCUCUGUCAUAGGAGCCAUUGCCUUGCGGGGAGCAACUUGA